AUGAAAACCUCGAAUGAUUUACGACACGGUCCAAAUAGACAGCUGUCACCGUUAGAUCGCACAACACACCAGCACAAGAAUAUCAAGCACAAUAUGCAGCAGAUCGACCGCAGUGAGGAAUUCGAUAAGUGGCGACGCUGUGUCAAAUGCCACCAACCAUUAGUGAAGCCCAAAGCCCUGCCUUGUUUACAUACCAUCUGCUUGCAUUGUUUGAGGAUUCACUACCAGACGGUCCGGGCACAGAUUUCACUGCAAGCAGAACAAAAACCAGAGAAGUACAAUUUCUUUGCCUGGGAAGGUUGUUUCCCCUGUCCCGUCUGUCUGUACCCAUGUUACACGCUGAAUGGUGAACUUGAAUCAUUUCCUACAAACACAUGGCUGUUGCGAUUGACCUACAGGGAGCGGCUUCGAUGGCUGAAAGAAAAUCGACAGUCCUCUACAUCAACAUCAGUAGCUCAACAAGAGAUGGCACACCGAGCUAAUGUUGCUGUUUCAAACCCCAGGACAGCACAAAACGUGGAUUUGACACAGGACAGCUCUGAAAUUGUGUACAACAAGGAUCUACAGUCCCAUCUAGAUCAUGUGACUCGAGAGUGCCAGGGAAGGGACAGUAUUCUGCUUACAAAUGAGGAUCAGCCUACUACUGGUAAUACAAAUGCUGAAAAGUUGUAUCAGUAUGACCUUCGACAUGGAGAGGAUGUUCUGGAGAUGCGGCACCCAAAUGCGAUUGCUGUUAGCACACACACAGGACAUGUGGUUGUGGUCGACACCACCUGGAACAAAGCUGUCCUCUACAAGACUCAUCGCAAACCAUUCAGCUACAAGGCAUUUCACCACCCAAUUAUUGACGUCUGCUUUUGUCCUCCAUCAAAAAAGGAUCGCACAGAACGGUUUUGUGCGAUGGGACGUCGGGCAGAUGUGAAAGGAAUUAUGGUUUACACGGCUCCUUUUGAUAAAGAUCCUAACAAUUUUAAAUGCACAUACCAGAAAAAUAUCCGAGAUGUUAGUGGAUUGCUGGUAAUUGAUCCUGACAUUUUGUUUAUGUCUUUGUGUUAUGCUAACACUGUCAUCCGGCAGGUGAACGCAAGCCAGUUUGUGGAUCUAGCCACACAUUCCCAUCACGGGAUUUACUACCCGACCCAUCUGACCCACACCGUGGUAGGCGAGGUUGUUGUGAGUGACACUGGAAACCACAGAAUUGGGGUCUUUUAUGGUCCUGAAUAUUUAGCAUAUGACUUUUAUGGACAGUUUGGAAGUGAGUAUGGAAACUUCUUCUAUCCAUUUGGUGUAGCUGCAGAUAACAGUCGGCAUUUAUACAUCUGUGACAGUAAUAACUAUCGGGUACAGGUUUUCGACAGGUAUUUUCGGUUCCAGAGUUGUGCUAUUGAGAAAACUUAUCUCAUGGGGCAGUCCGUCAGCCAAGAUGUGAAGCCUAUUGAUUGUGCAGUCAACAGCCGUCAGCAUCUUGUGGUUCUGUUCCGUGGGAGAGCUUUCAUGUCCCUGCAG